AUGCGUUUCGUGGCUGCUAAUACCUCCAUUCCUGUACCAACUGUCCACUGCUCAUUCAUCCACAAAAAUCAGGCCUUCAUUAUUAUGGAACGCGUACAAGGACAUUCUUUUGUCAAAGGCUUGUCAAUAUCAUCCCAUGCAGAACUUGAAAAUAUUUUCAAGCAACUUCGACAAAUGUUUCAAGAGCUGAAGGCCCUCCCGCCACCUCCCGGAACUGGAGUACACAACUUUCUGGGCGGUUCUUUACGUGAUUCGCGUAUACCCCGGUCAAGACCGAGAAUCGGGCCGUUCAAAUCUAUUCGUGACUUCCACUUUUGGCUGCUUGACGGUCUCCACCCAGAAGAACAUCCAAAUCACGUUGAUGACGAUGAUUGGAAGAGGAUCAAAGACAUGGUAAUUAUACAGGACGGCCUAAGGCAACCGCCAGUGUUUGCUCAUGGUGAUUUGAACCCGUUCAACAUUAUGGUUCGCGAUGGCCGUGUCGCUGGCAUCAUUGAUUGGGAGUUUGCAGGCUGGUAUCAUUACUACUGGGAAUACACGGCGGCAUGGUAUGGGAAUGAAACUCGACAAGCAUGGCAAGAUCUUCUAACUAGGUUUCUCGACGUCUAUCCGGAGGAGCUUGAGAUAGAAAAAACACGACAAAAAUGGUGA